AUGUAUGAUCUGCUCAAGGCCGUGUUCAAAGCGUUGCUGCAACAACAGCAAUCACAAUCCGCUGGCGACACACCAAAAGACUAUCUCAAGUUGAGUAGUCAAGGUAUCAUCUGCAGCUUCCUCAGCACCAUCAUUGAGUCCACAGCACCAUUGACUGAAAGGGACCUAUUACAAUGCAUUGACUUGAUGCUCUAUGAAUGCGACUCACUUGAUACCAAUGCACUACAAGACAUAAUCAACUUGCUCUGUAGAUCGAUCGAAACGAAUACAAAGGGUUCAAUAUACAUGCUGUUGCCAAAGUGCAUGAUGCUGCGCUCUCACCUCAGUUCAAGCGAGAGUGAGCAUGCCGAAUUCCAGAACAACACAAUCAAUGAUAUCAUACAGUCAGAUUGGCCAAAGCGCACAUACAGUGCCAUUGUCAUUGCCCUUAACGACUUGCCACUGACAAAGGAGAACCUCACCAAGAUCAUCCAGAAGAUUGAGCGCGAUCUUCCCUCCAUCCCCUUCCCCGACAUCCCUCAGACCGUCUAUCAACUGCUGCUCCUCGCAUCUCAGGGUCAGCGCGGCCUGAUCCUCAAGACAAUCUGCCAGCACUUUGAGCAAACCGAGCAAGAGCUGCACGACUCUGAUCAGUUUGAGCAGUUGCUCAACAUCGAAGCGACCAUCGUCGUCCAAAUCAGUUUCUCAAUCAAACAGGACAUGGACUUGGGCAAGGAGUACAUCAAGAUGGAUCAAACACUGUCUCCAUUCAACAUUGCGCUGAUGCUCACAAUCUCCAAGAUACCAAGGUUCAAGCAGCUGGUGCUCAGCAGUCUGAAAGCAUUGGUCGUGCAGCAUUGCAAGGGCGACCAACUCCAUAUCCAACAGUGCUGCUCGAUCAUCAUGGAGAUUGUCAGGUACACGUCCACCAGCUGGGAGCCAAUUGUCGAGCCAUUUAUGUACUUUGCCAUUGCCCUUAUCGACACCAAUGCCAUCGUUGUCACUGAGGCCAUAAGACAGAUCAGAAACCUGGGCACGGAGAUCCUGCUCGGCCUGUUUGAGCACCACGAGACAAUCAGAGAGAAGGUGAUCGACGAGAUCAUCGCACGCAUUCAGAUGAAGGCAGAGAAUCUACAGGCUUGGUUCAGUUUGCUGUCAAAGAUAUCGCGCAAGUCGCCUCACGCACUGCUCAAGUCAGUGCCCAAGCUCAAAGAGUCAUUCGAAUACAUUCAAUACUUCUCGACCAACACGGUACAACAGUUGAUUCUGGCAUUCGAUCCCAUUCUCCCUUUGGUACCAUCAUUCCUCGACUCGAUCAUUCUCACCCUCAGGAAGUCAAUGUUCAAGCCUGAGGCUGAAGCGCGUUCCAGCGCCAUUGGUGGAUUCCUUCAAUUGUUAAAGAACAUAUCAUAUCAGAAGCCUUUGGAUGGGCUUGGCAUUGAGAUACUCGGCAUCAUCAAGCGUGGACUGAGCCAACAAGGACCCAUUCGAUCACAACUAUACACGGGCCUCAAGGAACUGGUCCAGACGCGUCCACACAUUGGAGAGUACAUUUGCGAUCUACUGCUCCUCCAGCUCUCCAACUACUACGACCCGGCCGCCAAGCAAAUCCCGCCCAUUCAGCUGAGCAAUUGUAUCGAGAUGCAGAGUGGCAGCGUUGUCACACUGACAGAGCCAAUCGACAAGCUGGUGCACUGUAUCCAAUUGUGUAUCAAGAUGACCAACACUGCACAACGUGCUGCCCAUGAGCAGCAACAAAAGAUCGCCGCCAGUCAAUCUACGACCAACGUCUCAUUAAUGCCACAACAGAGUCACUCGCUGGAGCGACUCACCAACAUGUUCAACAAGUUUGCCGAGGGCAUGGCACAUUGUGAGCUGUCCACAUUCCCCGAGCUGUACGACAAGCCAGAGCUGUUCAAGACGAUGUCCAACCUGCUGCUGGGCAUCAUCGAAUCAUUGAUCGAGUACAGCGUGAACAAAGGAAACAAUCAAUCCAACAAGCUCGAUCAAAUCCUACAUCUCUUCUCCAUCCAUACACAGAUCAAAGACCUGCAGCAGAAGAACAUGGCAAAGGGCUCAGGCUCGGGUGGCAAGUCCAAGGGCGGCAAGGGUGGCGGCAAAGGUGGUGGUGGCGGAGCCAAGAAGAAGGGAAAGAAGAGAAAGGUGGAUGAGGACGAUGAUGGAGAUGGAGAGCCAGUGGACGAUGACAUGAUGGACGAUAACAACAACAACAGCGACCCAAAAAAGAAGCGUUCAACAUCAAAGGUCACUGUAGACAAUGCCGAGGAAACCAAAGAAACACUAUCGCCAGACUGCAUCAAGGAGUUGUUCCGCUUCAUCAACGACAUCGAUCCAAAUGAGGUCAGGUCGCGCCAGAUCGAGUUCAAGAGUUUCUGCCACUUUGUUCACAUGACCUGCUACAACUACUUGAACAAGAUGUUUGUAGAUACAAAGAACUUCCAGGAUACACACUUAGACUCUGUUACAUUGCCUUCACAUGAGCAUCCGAUCAGGAGGAACAUUAUAUUCUGCAGGAACUUUAUGCCCCACCUUUGGAAGGCUGUGGAGACCAAAGGUUGGACCAAGCCCGAUGUAAAUAACAACACCUCAACCUCAUCAGCAGCUGCCAGUGCCAAGCUGAAUGCCAAGAACAUGCCCGCUCAGACUCUGGCACUUACAUCAAUCGAUCUAAUUAUUAAAUAUGUUACAGAGCAUGGCAAUGAGACCAGUAUUGCCAAUCUGUUUGUCACAGCAGUGCCAGCCAACAAGGCAGAGGUGAUAGAGGUCAUCAAUAGGAACAUUUGCAAGCUUGAGGACAUAUGCAUGGACUCGGCAAUCUCACAUCAGUUCUGGGAUGAAGCCGACCUACUCACGACCAUCAUGUCAAGACUGUACAAAUCGCUGACCAACAAGAUGUUGGAGCCACAUCUAGAGUUCAUCCUCAAUAUUUGGAAGAUCGAUCAGGCCGUGCCAUCGGCGCAAUUUGCAUCGACCACGGCCAGAGUGCUCAUGAGCCUGAGCGAUCGCCUCAAGAGGUUGGAUCUGAUUACCAGCGUGGCUACUGAUAUCGAAGAAUACUUGACACAUCCCGAGGACGAGGACGAAGACGAUGAGGACGUUGACGAGGACGACAAACUGGCAAAGAGGAUACUUAACAAGAAGACACAUGUGGCAGUCGAAGCCGAGUUCCUAAAGUACCUCAACACGUUGAUUGACAGGUCGAAGGACAACAUCGUGUUGAUAAAGAAGGAUUGGCGAAACAAUCAGUCGGAGGAGGAAGAGCAGAUGCGCAUUGGUCAUCUUGGCAAGGCAUUCGUGCUUCUGAAGCACCACACCGAGCUCCUGUACAAGCUAACACUAGUACCUGCGUCCAACCUCAACACCAAGACCUGCGAGAAGUUUAUCAAGACCGUCAAGAAGCUAUUCACAGUGUUGACAACGGUUGUCACUUCGAUGGGAGUGCUCAACCUGCAACCAAACGACAAGUUCAAACAAAUGGUAUUGGCCUCAUCAUUGUUGGCCACUCAUACUCAAACAUUCAUCACAAACAUGGAGGUCGGACCAAAGAAUAGGGAGGUCAGCCGCGCGGAUAAGAUGCGUAUUAUCCGUGAGUCCAAGUUCUUGCCAUUGGUGACGUUCACGUUGGAGAAGUACGAGACGUCAGUCAUCACGUACGAGAAGAAGAUGAAGAUCAACGAGCGACUUGGAAAGCACUUUACAAGCGUGGCCCUGCGCGACUUUAGAAUCGACGCCAAUAUAGUUGCCGACAAGAUUGGAGAGGACGAGGAUGCUGAUGCCGCCGGCGACGAGCCAAAGUCCAAGUCCAAGCCAAAAGCAGCUGCCAGGAAGACAUCCAAAGCAAAACAGCAUCAGGAUGACGAUGACGAUGACAGUGACAAGCCCAAGGUCAAGAGGAAGCCUGCCAGGCCCAAACAACAAGUGAGCAAGUCUCUUGGAGGAAGGAGACCAGGUGGCAUGGGUCGUAAACAACAGGAUGAUGAUGAUUGA